AUGAUGAUUUUCUAUUGUUAUUCUCCAGAUUAUGUGAAUUUUGAUGAGAAUGAUUUCCAAUAUGCGACUGAUCGAUUGCCUGAAAUAGAAAAUAAACUGGUCAGUGACGGUUACGUUCGAAUACAAUUUUGCGAGAAUGAUCUACCGACUAGUCACAAUGAGAUCAAAGAAAUUGAAGAGUUUUUUGUUGAUUUUAUCACAAAAUUGGGCUGUGAAUGUUUGACUCAUAAUGCCGACGAGAAAUCGUUCGUGUGGCACGUACGACCAAUGGCAUGCACCCCGGAUAUUGAUUCAUCAUUGGCACGCUCUCACACUGAUCAUGAAUUUCCAUUUCAUACUGACUGUUCGUACGAAUCCAAUCCACCCGAAUACAUGGCAUUGCUUGUUCUAGAGCAAGAUCAAUUAGGAGGUGGACAAUUCGAAGUCAUUCAAAUGUCAGAUGUUAUUAAGCUGCUAUCUGAAGAAAGUAGAAAGAUUUUAGCAGCAGAAGAUUUUAAAAUCUCUGUUCCACUGGAAUUUCGCAAGGCGAAAGAUGUUGAUCACAUCUACGGAUCAAUUAUGCUCGAUCACCAUCAAGUUCGUUAUCGACCAGAUAUUCUUCUCGGUCACAAAUGUCACGCAUUGGAUGAACUCGAAUCGAUCAUAAGUCAAGUUCCAAAACAUAUACCAAAAUUAGAAAAAUACACCAUGAUUCUGUUGAAUAAUCGAAAAUAUCUUCAUGCUCGUACGAAAAUUCUUGAUCCACGUCGUCAUCUGCUUCGUAUUCGAUUUAACAGAAGACUCCCAUACAAUAUUUUCUCUAUCUACAAUGAAGCUAAAUUACGAUCCGAAUACUUGACGUUACCAAACACUUUGCUUGAUUAUUUUCAAGACCAACAUAGCCGCUUGUACAAAACCUUGAAACUAAUUAUUCAACAAUAUAAUCAGACGACAGAAGUGGGUGCUGAAAUUCGACGUACAUUUCAAUUCGAACCAAAAAUUCAUGAUAUUCUUUGUGAAUUGAAUAUCCACCGUCCAGAGUUUGUUAUGGGCAAUUAUCGACCAGAUAUUCUGUUCACCACAGGACAUCGUUUCCGUAUGAAUGGUAAACUUCGAUUUGAACCAAAAAUAUGUGAAAUCAAUGCUAGGUUCGCAUGGAAUGGAUAUUUGCUUGCAGCAGCAAUCUGCCCAGGUGACAAUGAAAAUCAAAUUUCAGUGAACUUUGACACCAUGCUCAACACUAUCUGCGAAUCGUCUCAAUUCGAUACAACAAAAUCCAUGACGAUUCUAAAAUCAAAAGAACAUGGCUUUGAUAUACAUCUAUUUCAGAAAUACUGGAUCAAUAAAUAUCAUCAAAACUGUUGUAUAAUUCAUCCUGAUCAAUUGCAUGUUGUCGAUGGACAACUAUUUGAUCAAAAUGAGGAACAUCCAAUUCAACAAAUGAUUUUAGAAUUACAUCAAGAUGAAAUCUUGGCAUUACCCGAAGAUAUUGUUCAUAGCUUAAUUCAUAGUAGUCAAAUACGAUACAUGAACGAUCUGCGAACAAUUUUUCUUGUUCACGAUAAACGAAUGUUCUCUCUUCUGUCUAAUCAAGCAUUUUUGAAUGCACUCUGGCAAACAGAUUAUGAUCAAACAAAGAUUUUGACACAAUUGAUACCUACGACUUACGUUAUCGGUCAAAUGCCAUCUUAUGUCCGAGAAUGUGUUCUCGCGAUGAAAAACAACUGGUGUAUAAAACCGAAUCUUGGAGGCAAAGGAGAAAAUAUGAGUAUAGGCACUGAUGUUUCCAAAGAAGAUUGGUCUCAUCUAUUGUUCGAUCCAAAUCAUCAAGAAUGGAUUGUUCAACAAUAUCAAGAAUCAGUUCAAUACACUUCCAUGAAUCUAUCUGGGAUGUUAUUCUGUUGCAAUGAUCACUGUUUCAAUAUUGGACCUAUUCGACUAUCGCCGAACAAAAUUGUCAAUAUUUGUAAUGGUGGUUGCUUUAUUCGACCUUUUGUUCAUCGGCGACAUGUUCAUUGUUCGGCAGAAGGUGAGAUCCUCACCAAAACCAAACUACACGAACAGCUGCAACUGUUCAGAUUGACUCAUCAACAAUGGAAUCAAAACAUUUAUUUCUCAUCAUCUGGUGGCAGUGGAGGAAAGCGAUUGUUCUUCGCCACGGAUAUUCAAGAGAAUCAACGACAACGAGAGAUUUUAGUCGACAUGAUGCUUGCACAGAAUGUUCUCUCCGAGACAGAUGUGUGUCUCAAUCUAUUUCAUUCUAACAAUAUCUAUCGCUCGCUAGAAAUUUUCAAUGAUUUCUGUUCACUGGCCAAUUGUACCGUGUUACCAAUGGGUUCCGAUGCAGAUGAUGCUAAAAUUCUCCAGAUCAUUGAUUACUUUCGGCCCAAUGUCAUUAUGGGCUCACCCUAUCGGCUCAUGCAGUUAGCUCUAUUUAUCGAAGAACAUCGACAGUCGAAUGAAAAGUUUCAUUUCGAAAAAAUUUUCUUCGCUUGUGAGCCACUGGAUAAUCUCAAACGGGAUUAUUUCAAACGUAUCUAUAAUUGUUCCAUGUGUUUGGGUUUUUAUGGAUCAGCUGAAACAGGUGUCUUUGCUUGUCAAACACCCGCUCAUGCCACGACUCAAUUGUAUAUGUAUCCGAAAGAAUUAGUGCAAGUUGAAAUUGUCAAUAGGCAAAUUAUCGUAACUAAUGUUGUUCGACGACGCAAUCAACUGAUUCGAUUCAAUACUAGCGAUCUCGGUCGAUUAAUACCAACGCAAGACAACGAAAAGUAUGGAUUGGUCGAAGUUCAGCAAAGUCAACGAUUAAUAAACCUAGCUCCUGCUGCGAUUAUGAAGUCUGACGUCGAAGAAUGCAUGAAUCAGUUUGAUCUCAUCGAAUGGCAAUUGAUUAUAGAGAACGAUCCACGUGGCAACAAUCGAACAAUGCUGACAUUUUACUAUGUUGAAAAGACAAUCAUGUCCAGUGAAUAUUUGAAAACUUGCGUAGGAACUUAUUUAAAACAAUGCUUAGGUAGUUCAUUUCCAAUUGAAGAUUCGUUUAUUAUUCGAUUUGAACCAAUUUUGUACCAGGCAUUAAUUCGGGAUCAGACAUCGAACAAAUUAUUGAAAAUAAUAGAUAGGCGAUUCUAG